ACAAUGUGUCUCAACGUUCUCGUACAAAAUGAGUAACCCUGGUAUAUCAUUCGUCGACGUCUGUUCUGGAUGGCGGCAGCGAUAUCCGGACACCGACGAGGCUAGAGCUUCACGUUAGCCUAGACUAGAUACGCAGAGAAGCCAGUGAACUUGCCAUGAGGCCAUACGAGCAGACACCCCUGAACUUCAUCGAUGACCUACUCCCGAGUUGGCCUCUGAACGUGCAGACGUCUACGGCCUGGUACCGCAUCGGACGCUGGCAGCGCUUCUUCUGCAGAAUCUUCUGGAAGUCCAAGCUGGCAGAUGUGGAAGAGGCACGACUGGCCCGGGAGUCAGCCAAGACGCCCAAUGAACUGCCCCUAAAAGCGGAGUUUUGGAGUAUCUUUCCCCUCGCUUGCACGUAUGCUGCUGCAAGACUGUAUUUGAUUGAUGAGGCUUUUGUGGGGUUGAGAGCCCUGGAUGCGAGCGCUUAUCGCACGGUGGAUUGGACGACGUUUCUUCCUCACCUGUAAAGAUAAGAAGGGGGUUUGCUUUUGAUGCAUAACCGCCCAUAUUACUGUGUAGUGUUGGUGACUUCCGACCGACUGAGGAUUCGGACUGCGCGACCGCUGGCGGAUAGCGCGGAGGGAUGCAUGUUCCCUAUCAAUCAGCUCAUGA